AUAAAAUUAUAUUUAGCCUCAAAUGUGUUCGCGUAUAUUUUGUCAAUUGUUUUGAUAAAUAUUAAAAUUACUUUCCAUAUAUAUUAUAAUUCUCUUUGAAAAUUACUUUAUAAAGCUAUUAAAAUUCUCUUUGAUUUUAAUUCUCUUUAGAAAUUAUAAUAACGGAAAUAAAUAAGUAUAUUUUUCUAAGAUUUUCUGUGUACAUUAACCACCUUGUUUUUGAUUAUAUAAAUGACAUACAGCAAUUCAGUUCUAAUUGGAAAUUGGAGCGAGGAAAGAUUAAAAAAUGAGUACGAAUUCAAAUUGUUUUUGCGAAAACGUGAUCGGAGAGAGUUAUUAUUGCAGAGAUCGAGAACUCUGUUUAGUAAUCUUCUCAUGGAGAGACGUUUAGCAAUAAGUGGAACUUUUGUGCUCUUCGGAUUUAAUGUGCAAGUGGUCGCCUCAGAUAUGCCAGCAAAGUCUUCGCCGGAGAGUGGAAAGCCGCAGUACGGACUGGCUUUGUCCAGCCUAGUCAGCGAGCGCCAGGUGGACUACAUGCAGAACAUAAACGACGGAUGUCUCAUGACGCUCUCUCCAAUAACAACACCAUGUUGCCGGAAUACUUUUGUUAUACUCAGUGCUGCGGAUGAAACUCUGCAUGGAGAGAAAAUGAAUUACGGCGACGAAUUCUUGCUGCGUGCCGAAAACUACGGUGACCCAAAGGCAGCCCCUUUGUACGUAAGAUACACGCCAGAGGGCACGCCAGCGCCGGCCGACCGUAUGCCUAUUCGUCUCAGUGCCAUAAAAGACAGUAAUUGUCGAUGGAGCACCAUACCACAACUGCCUUGUGACCGUCUGGAGGGCAUUGGAAGCCCAGUGAAGACUAGCGCUAAACUUAUAGUCAAGAACUGUGUCGCAGAUAAAAGUUUGUGCGUUAUGAAUCAAAGCUGGAUGCAGACAUUUUUUGGUCCAGAAUGUGGAGUCACUUGCCGGAAUUACAUCGACAUACAUAGGAGGCAUACGGCUGAAAAUAUUUUCACGUUAGUCAGCGACGUUGAGACCAAAACCAAGGAUUAAAUGUGACGGUUUUAAACCUGCCAUGUUUUUCGCUGAUUAUGUAAAAUGUUUAAUUAUAUUUUAUUACUUUAUAUAUUUAUGUUUUCUAUAAAGUAUGAUUAUGCGUGAUAAGUUUGGGCACGUGAAAUCCCUUCACGUUUAAAUAAGGAAAUUAUUAUGGUCAUUCAUAUUAAAAGUAUUGUUCAAA